CAUUGAUUCCGGAAAUUUGUAACGCAGUCCAACUCGGCCAUCACCUUGGUGGCGAACGAAAUGCGGCUAGUUUAUUUAGCCUCAGCGCUUAGAUUUCGUUACCAGUUAGGAAGAUCAUCUAGGAUACACCGUGGAUCAGUUGCAGCAAUUAAAUGCAUCUUUUCGCGGUGGAAUUCUGGACAUGUUCACUCAACAACACCACCAGUAUUCGAUUCCAAAGUUGGAUUCACCGACUACGAGAAGGAGCGGAGAGAAUUUCACAUCAGGGUUCCAGAGUACUUCAACUUUGCCAAUGUUCUUGAUGAUUGGGCGCAAAAGGAAAAGGCAUUAGUCUCAAACCAGACUGGAGAACGGACAGAAAAGAAUCCGGCCUUCUGGUGGGUCGAUGAUAAAGGAAAACAAAUAAAAUGGUCAUUCCAGCAACUUACCGAAAACAGCAGAAGGACUGCAAAUGUUCUAGCGGGUGCAUGUGAAGUUCAGAGGGGAGACCGUGUCAUGGUCAUUUUGCCGAGACUUCCAGAAUGGUGGCUCAUUAACAUCGCUUGCCUGAGGACAGGAAAUGUAAUCAGUCCCGGAUCGACUCAGUUACGAGCUAAAGACAUCGAGUCACGGCUGCUUACCUCUAAAGCGACUUGCAUCAUUGCAGACCCGGAAAGUGCUAUGUUUGUUGAUGAGGUUGCCAAUUGUUCACCAUAUUUGAAAUCAAAGUUACUGGUGAAAGAAGAUGAAAAGAGUCCAGACAAGAGAGGUUGGCUUCCUUUCCAAGAACUAUACGCACAGGCCUCGAAUGAGCAUAAAUGCGAAGAAACACUGAGCAGCGAACCAAUGACAUUGUUUUUCACAAGUGGAACGACAGGACUCCCAAAGAUGGCAGAGCACACGCAUGCUAGUAGUGGGUUGGGGCACGCUAUUACUGGAAAAUAUUGGUUGGACAACAUUCCUGAGGAUGUCCAUUGGAACCUUUCUGACACGGGCUGGGCUAAAUCUGCUUACAGCAGCGUUUUUGGCCCAUGGUCUCAAGGCGCCUGCGUAUUCGUAUACCAUAAGGCACGUUUUGAGCCCGUAGCUAUAUUAGAUGCGCUUCAAAAGUAUCCAAUCAGCACGUUUUGCUCGGCCCCCACUGUAUAUCGAAUGAUGAUCCAAGAGGACCUUAGCAAAUACAAGUUUCCGUCACUGAGGCAUUGUUUAAGCGCAGGAGAGCCUUUAAAUCCUGAGGUCGUAACUGAGUGGCGAGAGCAGACUGGGCUGGAGAUAAGAGAAGGAUAUGGUCAAACUGAAACUACCUUGCUGUGCGGCACCUUUCGUUGUCUCGAAAAUCGGCCAGGAUCCAUGGGUAAACCUGCUCCAGGAUACAACUUGACGAUUGUGGAUGAAAAAGGGAAUGAAUGCCCAGAUGGAGUGGAAGGUGAAGUUGUUGUGGAACUCUCACCAAACAGACCCAUAGGACUUUUUACUCGCUAUGUGGAUGAUCCGGAUCGAACAAAUGCUGUGUUCCACGACAAUUUCUAUUGGACUGGUGAUAAAGCUUACAAAGACAAAGAUGGAUACUUUUAUUUCGUUGGUCGAUCUGAUGACGUCAUACUCUCAGCGGGCUAUCGAAUAGGUCCAUUUGAGGUUGAAAACGCCUUGAUAGAACACCAAGCAGUCGCAGAGGCAGCGGUUGUUAGUAGUCCCGAUACCCUAAGGGGGGAGAUCGUGAAAGCUUUUGUUAUUCUCUCGCCUCGUUUUACUGGAGACAAGGAAUCAUUGGUCAAAGAAUUACAAGACCAUGUGAAAGAAAUAACAGCACCCUACAAGUAUCCGAGAAAGAUUGAGUUUGUGGAGAACUUACCCAAAACAGUCAGUGGCAAGAUUAGAAGAGUAGAACUGAGACAGAAGGAAUGGUCUUAAAUCAACCAUAAUUAAACCUUAACUCACAGUUUGUUACAAUAGAUAUGUAUAUUAUUGGCCUUCGUAAGCAUAUGUACACGACAAAACAAUUUAUCGCACAAAUAGAAUUAUCAGGAUGCAUUGAAUAAACUGGUAGCCAUUAGGGAAUAAAGUGUAGAAUCUGAGAAAAUCUUUCUUGUUAUGUAUGUGACGUUCAGUUAUCAAACACCGUCAAGAUUUUUGUGGGGCUGUUUUGAGAUCUGUAGGCUUGACUUUGGCUUCAAUAUUUUGAACAGUUUUAUGAAAUAAAAUAAUUGAAAUUAAUUAAAGCGUCGACGUUUGAUGAAAUUUAAUUACUUUUACUGUCAAUUUGAUUUCUUCAGAUUGACUUCUUUUAUCAACAUUUUACACUUAUAAAAUAAAUAUAUUAGUUAUGAUCAUCAACUAUCUUGGAUUGAGGGACUAGGCUACCAUAUUUUCAGAACCGUAAGAAACCUUUUUCUAAGGUAAACAAACAGAAAGGAGAACGACUGAUCCUUUCAGCGGUUUUUGGCUUUCAUCGCCGUUCGUUUCAACCCAGUAGCUGCUUCAGUGUGACCAUAACAGUGAAGAACUUGACUAGAAGAAUAAAGAAAAUGUUUUUUUUUCUUCUUUUUAACCAAAUGGAAUGAAAUAGAAUGUCACGAAAUAAACUUCUAAACUUUGA